AAUAGUGCUUGAAAUACAUUUUUAAUAAUUUGUCGAAUUAAAAUGUCUCCAAAACAGCGGCAAUUAACGGAGGAAGAAAAAGGACGCAUCGUAGGACUAAGUGAGUCUGGCAAAUCACAACGCGAAAUCGUGAGAAUUUUUAAAAAAUCGGAUGUCGAAGUUUCGAGAAGCGGCGUGCAGCAAGUUUUGCGACGUAAACAAGCAAGCGGCAGUGUAGCACGUAAGAAAGGCUCCGGAAGACCACGAAAAAUGAAUAGCAGAGACACGAGAGCGUUGGAACAACACGCGCUGAGGAAUCGGAAAUCGUCGAUCGCACAAAUAUCUAAAGAUUUUGUGCCAGCCAGCGGAAACUUAGUAAGUCGCCACACGAUUUCACGCCGUUUGAAAGAUGUUGGCAUUCGCAGUCGGCGCUGUCGAAAAGUUCCGGCUCUUAAACCGAGGCACAAAGCUGCAAGAUUGGUUUGGGCCAAAGACGAUCGAAACACCGACUGGACUUCGAUCGGACAGGCCGCAACGCUGUCUUCGUAG